GUAUUUUAUUCUGUUAUGGAUAUAAGAAGAGACAAAGAAGUACUGUUUAAUGAUACUAAAAUCCGUUGUGUAUUUACAUCAACUGGAAUCAAUCAUUUCUCUGGUUGUAGCUGUGUUAUAGCGAUUUGUUCUCCUCGAAAUACAUCAGUUGUACAAAAUAUUCUAGCAUCUGGUUCAAGUCAUUUCAUAUGCUUGUCUAAAUCACUAACAUAUUCAACUAAUGCAACAACUGAAAUGAAUGUUAAUUCACCAUAUGAAAGUUUGCGUAUUUAUCAAACAUUAUCUGGUCAUACUUCUGAUAUCCGGUGUAUAAGAUGGUUAAGUUGCUGUUGUCAUCAAUCGAGUCUAUCACAAGUGUAUCAACAGUCUAUCUGUUUUCUAAUGUCUGCUGACAAUAGCGGUACAGUGAUAAUUUGGGCAUCUUCUACGGAUGAUAUAAUGUAUUCUGAUAACUUGAAUAAUUGGUAUGUAGUCAAUAAAUUUCAAGCGCCAAACCAUUGCAUUAUUAAUUCAAUUGAUGGUUAUUUUUUACCAUCAUCAAAAUCAUUACAACUAUCUGAUCAUUCAUCUUCUGGGUGGUUAUUUUUAUCAGCUGCAGCUGAUACAUCAGUUUAUAAUUGGUCUGUUUGUCUUCCAGAUGAUCUACUUACUAGUAAUGAAGUAUUAUUACCAUGUACACGUGGUAAUCAAAUCACGCGGAAUCCAUCUCUUUGUCUAUGUCUCAGAAGCUUUUGUGUGAAGUAUAGUUGUGUUAUGGCUAGUAAUGAAAACGCUUGUGGAGUGAACUCCUGGCUGCAUAUAAUUGUUCUUGGACUUGAUAAUGGACAGAUGGAAAUAUGGUCAGGUGAUCUGGUCAGUGAUCAAGAAGAUGGUACUAUGAAACUGAACUUCAUAUUGAGUACUUCUGUUUCUGGACAUGAAGAUUGGAUUCGAUGUAUUGAUGUUUGUGUUGAUCAAGUGUCGACAAUCCCUAUUGUAUUGAUUGCUACAGGUGGUCAAGACAGUAUUGUUCGACUAUGGCGCCUGUUUUCUACAGUAAAUGAUAUAAUAAUGAUCGGAUGUGAGCCUGAAAAGUCUAUUCAUCUUCAACUUCCAGAACAGUUUAUAAACAAAAACAUUCAUCUAUGCUUAACAUCUGAAAGUGUUUUAGCCAGCCAUGAAAACUGGGUUACCGGUGUCCGUUGGGCGCCAACAACUAACGUUCAAGUAUUUCCUCCAAAUCUACUUACUUGCAGUAUGGAUAAAUCAUUAAUCAUUUGGGAGCCUCCUAGUGAAAAUUCUACAGAAUCAUCAGAUAUGUGCAGUUUAUGGAAGGAAAAAACUCGACUUGGACAUUUUGGUGAUACCGGAUUGAGUAUAAUGGAUUGUCACUGGUUACCAAACGAUGGUACGAAAGUAUUUGGACAUACUUUUCAAGGGAGUAUUUCUAUAUGGUUCAAAUCUGAUAAAGAAUUUUGGCUUCCAGCUUUACCGUUAACAGGACAUGUUGGACCUGUAGCAGAUCUUAGCUGGAUGUCAACAUUUCCUGAGGAAGAUAUAACGAUCGAUGACUGUUACACGUAUCUUUUAACUGCGGGUUUUGAUCAAACAGUACGCUUAUAUACAUGUCAAUUAUGUAAUAGUGAUCUGAAGGAAGAGUUUUGGCAUGAAUUAGCUAGACCACAAAUUCAUGGUUAUGAUAUGAAUGCAAUCGAGAGUAUUUCACCUACUCUAUAUGUAUCAGCUGGUGAUGAAAAAGUUGUCCGUGUAUUUACAACUACAAAAGCCUUUAUGAAUUCAUUUAAACGACUGUAUCAUUCUUCGUCAUCUAUCCGCACGAAAUUGGAUCGCAUUCUUGCCGAUAGUUCUAUACCGACUGGUGCUGUACAACCACCACUCGGUCUUUCGAAUCAAAUUGUCACUUUGUCAUCUAACAAUAACAAGGCUAAUAAUGAGGACGGGAGCGAUAAUAAUGAUGAAUAUGUCAUUAAUGAGAAGAAUGAAGAUAUCAGUGGAGAUUGUCCAUCUGAUGAACUUCCUACAGAAGAUCGAUUACAACAUGCAACACUAUGGCCAGAAGUCAAAAAGUUGUAUGGUCAUCCCUAUGAGAUAUAUUGUUUAGCAGUUCAUCCUCAUAAACUCCUUGUUGCUUCUGCUUGUACAGCAUCGAAACCAGAAUAUGCUCAUAUCAUACUAUGGAAUGGUGACUUGAAUUGGUGCAUUCAUCAACGUUUACAACAUCAUCAGUUAACUGUUACUCAAAUGGCAUGGAGUCAUGAUGGAACUCGACUUUUAGCUGUUUCACGAGAUCGUACUUGGAGUUUAUGGUCUGAACAAUCUAUGAGUAGUACUAAAGAAAAAGAAGAGAUAGUGGUAGAGAUUCAACUUCGAAAUUAUGUUUUAUCCGCCUAUCCUAUGAAAGGUCAAAGUCACUCAAGAAUAAUUUGGACGUGUGGCUGGAGUCCAGAUGACAAAUACUUUUUCACAGGAUCACGUGAUUCAACAAUAUGUUGUUGGAAUGGUACUUGUAAAACUGAGAUGGAUAUACCAGUUGAAGGAUUUUGUCGCCUAGAUACCUAUAAAGAUUGUGGACAUCCAGUUACAGCAUUGGAUGUUUGUAGUACUGUCAAUUUACAGAAUAUAUCUACUCAUCCUUCGUAUUUAAUGGCUGUAGGUCUAGAAACUGGAAGUAUAAUUCUAUUAAAACUGAAUGAAUCUGGCUCAUGUGAACGUUUCUUUAGAUGGUCAGUUGUUUUAAAUUUUCCACGAGAUUGGUGUCAUGUUGUAGGCAAACGAUUACGAAGAAUUUCGUUUUCACCAGAAGUGAGCAGUCGUAGUAAAGAUAUCAGACAGUCAAUUAUACACUUGGCUACGGCUGGUGAUGAUGGAUUAGUACGAGUUUUUAAAAUUGACAGAAGUUCAAUUUGAUUGCUUGUACAACUUUUUUUCUCGGUAAAAUUAUACUUGAUUUUUUAAAUUAUUUUCAUAAUAUGAGUGAAUAAAGUUGCUACUGUAUAAA